AUGCGCUGCUUCGACACCGCCAACAUCUAUGUCAAGGCCGGGGACGGCGGCAAGGGCUGCGUGGCAUUCAGGAGGGAGAAGCACGUGCCCAGAGGCGGCCCCUCGGGAGGGAACGGCGGCAACGGCGGCAAUGUGUGGGCGGUUGUGGACGACUCGCUCAACUCACUGGCGGCAUUCCGCAAGCAGCUGCAUUACCGCGCCACCCCAGGGUGUCUCGGCGGCGGAUCCAACCGGCACGGCGCCAACGGCGCUGACCUCGAAAUCCGGGUGCCCCCCGGCACAAUCAUGCGGCGGAGGGACGCCCCUGAAGACGAGCCGCCGCUGGCCGAGCUGCUGUUUGUGGGCGAGCGCGCCGUUCUGGCCACCGGCGGCCGCGGCGGCAGAGGGAACGCCUCCUUUAAGACCGGCCGCAACAAUGCGCCCACGAUGGCGGAGUUUGGCGAGGAGGGCCAGGAGAUGUGGGUGGAGCUGGAAUUGAAACUAGUCGCGGAUGUGGGCAUCAUCGGAGUGCCCAAUGCUGGCAAGUCCACUCUGCUGAGUGUGCUGUCCAAUGCAAAGCCCAAGGUGGCUGACUACCCCUUCACAACGCUGGUCCCCAACCUGGGCGUUUGCGAGAUGGACUACCGGACAACAGUCUUUGCCGACAUCCCAGGGUUGCUGGAGGGCGCGCAUGCGGGGGUUGGCCUGGGUCAUGAGUUCCUGCGUCACUGUCAGCGCACUCGAGCGCUGGUGCAUGUGAUCGAUGGCACCUCCCCUGACCCUAUAGGGGAUUACAAAGCCCUGCGCACCGAGCUGCAGCUCUUCAACGCCGAACUGCUCGACAAGCCCCAGGUGGUGGCAUACAACAAGAUAGACCUACCGGACUCGGGUGACUACAUCGAUGAGGUGCGCGAGUUCCUGCUGGGGGAGGGGGUCCCCUCGGAGGACAUCUUCGCAGUCUCAGCCGCCACCGGAAAGGGGGUCCGCGACCUGGUUAGGCGCACCAGGAUCGUCCUGGACGCUAUGCCUGUAGUGGAGGCGGUGAGGACGACGGAUGCGCUCAACAUGAGGGAGUUGCCGCGGAGGGUGUCAUCGGCUGACAUCAGCGACUUCACGGUGACUGCCGACCCCGACAACGACCGCCGCUGGAUUGUGUCGGGCGAGGCAAUUGACAGAUUUGCGGCGAUGACUAACUGGGAUUACUAUGAGGCCACGCUGCGAUUUCAGAAGGUCCUCGACGCCACCGGCAUCAACAAGGCGCUGCGAGCCAAGGGGGUGCAGGAGGGGGACAUAGUGGUGGUGGGAGGAUCAGAGCUGGAGUGGAGCGAGGACCAAUCUGAGGGGGCCCUGUAUGCGGCCUGGCGCGAGGAGAAACUCGCCCGCGGCACCGCAUGGCAGGGGACUGCUCGCUGGCCGCACGCAGUCUGA